UACAGAUCACACAACAGAAGUAGAUUUGUGGUGGCCUAGCCCUGACCCGACCCUCAGAGAGCGCGCGUGCAUGACAUCACCGCACUCUCCCGCGUGUGCAAAAUUAAGCACAUUCAUUGAUCACGUGUAAACGUAUAAUUACUACCUGCGGCGGCGGGAGAGAACGUUUGUUGUUUACAACUCAGGACUGGUCGGUAGGACGCGACGACGAGCGCUGCCAAAAUCACCUGAUUUCUAGCACCGUUUACAGCGCUUCUCUCUCAGAAGGGCAAAACCAACGUAUAAACGUCGCCCACCUGCCCCCAGCGCAGCAGAAGCAACCCCGACACUGAAAAGCCAGAGAGCGCCAUUCGACAAAGCCAGAAGAAUACUCUCGCAACCUGCCAGGAUGCAGUCGGUGUGGUUGCUGCUUGUGGCAGCAGUGGCAGUGACUGGGCCGCUGGUGCUGAAUGGAUCCUUCGCUCCGGGAGUCGGCGAAUGUAAAACUCCAUGGAAGGACUGCGGCUCUACAGGUCUCAAGAUCAACAAUGUAAUUGUGCAGGACUGCUGCAGCAGUCCUUGCAAAGUAAAACUUGGAAGCGAUACCAAGUUCAGUUUCACUUUCACUCCAAAUCAGGACUACACAUACCUGAACCAGAGCGUCUGCGGGGAAUUGGCCACCGCUUGUAUAAAAUUUCCAAACGAGACAUUUGGGUACAUGUGUCACUGCCCAGGGUGCACACUCGAACCGCCGUGUCCAUUCAAAGCCAAUCGCAUGGAAAACGUGACGGUGGAAGUGCCACUUAGUGCUUCAUUCCCAAAAGACCUUGAAGUCUUUGCUCAGUGGAGAAUAACAGACCCUGAUAACAAGCGUGUUGGAUGUUUUGAAGUUCCUGUAGAAACAGUGGACUGAAGACUACUGCAAUAACUGAUUGCUGACAUUAAUUGAUUGUUGUUAUGUGUUUUCUGCUAAGUAUAGUGUGUUGGAACAUGAUGACUGCAUCAGCCAGCAAGAUAGAGAGGGUGAUUACCAAACCCCACCUGUCCACCAUGCCGUGUGGCAUGUGUGGAUGGCUUGCAUAACAUGGUUGGUUCUGACACUGAUAACACUGGAGUAGGCCUGAGGCUAUCAUGCUGCCUAUUAUCCUAUUUCGCACUUCUCUUUGAUUCAUCUUCUAUCCCCGCCCAGAAAAAUCCUAAAAAGGACACAUGAUGUGACAAAUCAAUGACACUCAUACUGUAGCACGAUUGAUGACUUGACAUAGUCUUGCAACGGGCACUCUUGCUGUUCAGUGAAGGAUGCUUUCAGCAGAGAAAAAACCCUCUCUGAUGCAGUUGAAGAGGUUUGAAUUAACAGGACCUUUUGCAAUGCUGACACCCACUUCGUUC